AUGAUGAAUGAUAAUCACGAUCCCUUGUUACAAAAUGGUGGAAACGUCAGUAUGGCGGUUGAUAGAAUUUGUGAUUCUCUUAUGGUGUUAUGUCAAAAGGUACGCGUUCUUGAACAAAAGAUGGAGCGCUUAGAGCGCUUAGAAGUUAGAGUAGAGCGCUUAGAAGCUAGACAGGAAAUCAACUCAAACUCAAAUGGUUUAGUUGCAAGAAGUGAUGCAAAUAGUUCAACCACUACAAAGGAUAACUUUGACCAGAUCGAAUAUGAAAAACGCAGUGUCAAGAAGUGGUUGUUAUUAUUGGAGUUAGGAGUUACUUUAUUUACUUCGAUUGGUUUGGGUUAUUAUCAAGGCGGUUUUGCAGUUGUUUAUCUUUUUGUUUUCUCUUAUAUUUUUAGUUUGGGUCACCCUUUAAAAAAGAUCAAUAUCAAUGAUCCUGAACAUCGUGAGAAUUUACAAAAUUUAGAAUUAAUUAAUCAAUUUAUUAAGGUUGGUCGGGUUAUAAUGAAACUAAUAAUGGCUUUUAUGUUGCUUCGUGAAGAAAACUUAUGGACUCCUAAGAAAUUUUUGGUUCUGAUUUUGAAAAAGUACUACUUUAAUGAUCAUCUUGAAUGA